AUGCAGCAGUACAAGCAGCAGCAGCAGCAGCAGCAGAACAAGCAGCAGCAGCAGCAGCAGCAAAUAGCCAGAAAUGGUUCAUAUACACCACCAAUUGUUGUUACUGCUGCUGCUGCUGCUGCUGCUGCUGCUGCUGGGGCUUCGACAAGGGGUUUAGGGUUUAGGGUUAUGGAGGGUUUUCCCCCUGGGGCCCAUGAGGCCUACUCAGUAAAUUAUUCUCCGCAUAUUCCUCUAGAGACAGAAGUAGAUGUAGAGGCAGCACAGCAGCAACUGCAGCAGCAGCAGCAGCUGCAGCAGCAGCAACUGCAGCAGCAACCAGGGCAGCAGCCGCAGCAGCAGCAGACACGGACUGCUGCAGCAGCAGCACUCAAUGCAUUGCAAUGGGUAACGGGAACAGCAGCAGAAAAGCGGAGUUCUCUGCAGCAGCAGCAACAACAACAACAGCAGCAGCAGCAGCAGCAACAGCAGCAGCAACUGCAGCAGCAACAUUCAUCAUAA